AUGCAAGCCGAAGCUGUUGAUGGCUCCAACGUGCUGCAGCCUGAAGAAGCAGCAGAUAAACAAUUUAUGUAUGAGAGCUUCGCUCCUCGCAAGAAGCUGCUGCUGCCGUCGGGACGCAGCAGCAGCAGCAGCAGCAGCAGCAGCAGAAGCAACAGGAGUAACAGCAGCAGAUUCUUUCGUGGUAUUGCUCUGAGUGUUAUUGGGGCUGUCUUAACUCUCCUCCUAGCAACGCAUUUAUGCUGGAUUAAGAGCAGCAGCAGCAGCAGCAGAAGGAGAAGAAGAUUAGCAGCAAGAAGCUCUCAUACAUCAGGAGGGUUUCACGAUGCAGCAGCAGCAGCAGCAACAGGAAGAAGGGCUUACGACAUUUGUGCUAUUGCAACCCGUAUUCGAGGAGUAGCAGCAGCAGCAGAAGAUGAAACUAGUACAGCACAGCAGCUGCAGCAGCAGCAGCAGCAGCAGCUGCUGCUGCAGCAGCAGCUGCACAACCCGGGUCCCUAUACACCUGAAAAUAGUUGGCUAGACAACCCCUUCCCCCUCCUAGACUUUGAUAUUCUUGCGGACGAAUCUGUAGAUCUUGCUGCUUUGCAAGAAUCAGCAGGUGAAGGCUGGCCGCUGCUGCAGCAGCAGCAAGAGCAGCAAGGCAUUGCUGCACCUGCUGCUGCACCGGCUGCUGCUGCACCGGCUGCUGCACCGGCUGCUGCACCGGCUGCUGCUGCAGCACCUGCUGCUUGUAAUCAGUCUGCUGCUUCUGCUGCGCUCUGGCAGCCUACAGAUACACUCGAAGCUUUUGUUAUUCGCGGAGACGGUGCUACUACUGCAGCAGCAGCAGCACCGUCUGUUGCUGCAACUGCAGCAGCACCUGCUGCUGCAGCAGAUGGUGCUGUUGCAGCAGCUGUUGCUCCUCCAGCAGAUGACUCUAUUUGGGUCCAGCAACGCGUAGUAGCACCUGCUGCUGCUGCGACCUUUGUUGCUGCUGCUGCACCUGCUGCUGCUGAUGCUGCUGCUGUGCCUUCUGUCGGUCUGACGCCUGGCAGCUGGAGGCAACUUCCAGCAGCAACAGCAGCAGCAGGUCCUGCUGCUUCUGCUGUUGCUGCACCUGCUGCUGUUCUUGCGUUAGACGGCUCGAGCCCGGCAUCGGCAACAGGAACAGAAGCUGCUGCUGCUGCUGCUGCACCUGCUGCUGUUCUGUCUCUUGAAGGUUUUGUUCAGCCAGCACCGACAGAAGCAGCAAAACCUGCUGCUGCUGCUGCUGCUGCUGCUGCACCUGGUGUUGGUCGUAUGGUUUGGGGUUGGAGUCACCCUUCAGCAGCAGCUGCUGCUGCUGCUCCUGUUGCUGCUACUCCUGCUGCAGCAGCUGCUACUACUACUUUGCCACUUGGGGGCUUCAAUCCAGCAGCAGCAGCAGCAGCUCAAGUUGCUGCAGCACCUGCUGCUGUUCUGUCGCUUGAAGAGUGGGGUCAGCUGACUGCAGCAGCAGCGCCAAAUGCUGCUGCUGCUACUCCUGUGGCUGCAGCA